AUGUCCUUCAAGUUCGGGUUCACGCAUGACCCAGUGUUUCGGUGGGCGAACCCGACCUAUGGCUAUGCAGUGUGUGUGCAGAAGUACGAUAGGAUGGACAUCCUUUAUGCUGCGAGUGAUGCUGUGGGACCUGGGUUCCUGGAAGCCGCAUUGGUGAAUCUUUACAAAGGACGAAGUGGCUGCCACAACGAGAACCUGGGUGGGGACACGAUGCCGAAAAAUGCAAGCUUGAGUGGGCCGUACUUUACAUAUGUCGUUUCCAGAUCUUUCAAGCAUCCGCCGCCGAUGAAAGGAUUGUAG